UACAGUGCAGAAGAUGAAGCUCCUCUGGCUGCUGAUACUGGCUUCUGUUGCUGGGGAGCAUUGCGAUAGACCCUGUCCCACGAGAGAUAACCCCGGAUGUGCCAGCAGGAAUGGCCAUUGCUUUUACACCGUGCGCCAUCCGUGCGUUUUGCAGGCCAUCAACUGUUAUCGGAAGUCGAAACGCUUAUCUGCUCUGAAGCCCGUUUCUCGCAGCAAGUGUACCAAGCACCAAGUUCCAGUGUGCGAAAAUAUUGAUACAUCGUGAUAAGUUUAUGUUUAUAGAUUAUAUUUUUAUUUCUUUAUUUACAAAAAAUAUAUUUAAAGUGAAGUCCUUAAA